AUGUCUCUCAAGGUCGUCGUCCUCGCCUGCGUGGCUGUCGUCGUUCUGUGCGACAAGGCCCCAGUCCACGCCCCUCAUCCCCCUGUUUACGCCCCUAGACCUUCCUACCACGCCCCUGCUCCUUACCAUGCCCCCAAGCCCGCCUACCACGCCCCUGAGCCCGCCUACCACAAACCCGAGCCCGCCUACCACGCCCCCGAGCCCGCUUACCACGCCCCCGAGCCCGCCUACCACACCCCCGAGCCCGCCUACCACACCCCCGAGCCCGCCUACCACGCCCCCGAGCCCGCCUACCACGCCCCCGAGCCCGCUUACCACGCCCCCGAGCCCGCUUACCACGCCCCUGAGCCUGCUUACCACGCCCCUGAGCCCGCUUAUCAUGCCCCCGAGCCCGCCUACCACGCCUCCAAACAGUAUGAGCCCGAAUAUGCUGAUGUGCCCCCAAAGUACAACUACAACUACGGUGUCGCCGACGGCUACUCCGGCGCCAACUUCGCCGCCUCGGAGUCCCGCGACGUCAUGUCUCUCAAGGUCGUCGUCCUCGCCUGCGUGGCUGUCGUCGCUCUGUGCGACAAGGCCCCAGUCCACGCCCCUCAUCCCCCCGUUUACGCCCCUAGACCUUCCUACAAGGCCCCUGCUCCUUACCACGCCCCCGAACCCGCCUACCACGCCCCCGAGCCCGCCUACCAUGCCCCUGAGCCCGCCUACCACGCCCCCGAACCUGCCUACCACGCCCCCAAGCCCGCCUACCACAAACCCGAGCCCGCCUACCACGCCCCCGAACCUGCUUACCACGCCCCCGAACCCGUCUACCACGCCCCCAAACAGUACGAGCCCGAAUAUGCUGACGUGUCUCCAAAGUACAACUACAACUACGGCGUCGCCGACGGUUACUCCGGCGCCAAUUUCGCCGCCUCGGAGUCCCGCGACGGCUACAAGACCGAGGGCAGCUACACCGUCGACCUUCCCGAUGGCCGCAAGCAGAUCGUCAACUACGUGGACAACGGCGACGGUUAUGUAGCUGAGGUCACAUACGAGGGCGAGGCUCAGUACCCCGAGUACAAGCCCACCUACAAGCCCGCUCACCCUACCCCAGCGUAUGCUUAA